AUUCUACAUUUUGUCAUGAGCCAUGAUCACAGUGCCACUACCACUUCGUUCUCGUUGUCUGCAGAGGUUUAGUUCUUGUCGCCAGUUCCAUGCAGGUUCAGUUUCGCGCGCUGAGGCUGGUAUUUCUAAUCCAGCCGAAUACUGCAAAGACUUGGUACGGAAACAUGACUAUGAAGGCUAUUUGACGUCCCAGCUAUACCCUAAAAGAUUUCAAGGUGGGUACUUCGCGCUCAGAGCAUUUUAUAUCGAGCUUGCCACGGUGCGAGAAGCGGUAUCCCAGACUACUUUGGGUCAGGCUCGCCUAAUGUUCUGGAGAGAUGCCAUGAAAGACAUUUAUAAUAAUAAACCCCCACGUCAUCCCAUUGCCAUUGCGAUCCAUGAAGCAACACGGGAUAACCAUUUGCCUCUAUACCACUUUAACAGGAUAAUAGAAGCAAGGGAACAAGAACUUCACAACCAGACACACCUAACCCUGGAGUCCAUCACAUCGCAUGCGGAGUCUGUUUCAUCAACAUUCCUGUAUCUUCUGCUGGCAAUGCUGAAUCUCCCUUCCUCUACGCUUGCGCACGCCGCUUCGCACCUUGGGGUGGCUCAAUCAUUGACGACCCUUCUACGAGCUUUGCCUUUUCAUGCUUCCAAAGGUGUUAUGGUCAUACCCGCGGAGAUCACUGCCAAGCAUGGUGUCAAUCAGCAAGAAAUUUUCAGUAAGGGGAAAUCAUCCCACGGGUUAGAAGACGCGGUGUUUGAACUUGCAACUGUUGCCAAUGAUCAUUUGCUCACCGCACGAGACAUGUUCAAGGAGUCCGGGGGCAGGGUCCCAGUUGACGCCAUGCCUGUAUUUUCCGCCGCUAUACCAGUAGUGUCCAUUCUGUCGACGUUGGAGGCCGUCAAUUUCAACGUCUUUGACCCCUCCAUGCAGAUCCGAGAUUGGAGAUUAGCGUGGCAAGUCUGGAGGAGUUACUAUAAGAGGACUUUCUAAAAAGACCCAGACCACAUGCCGGCAUUGCAUCUCAGCACAAUGUAGCGCCUGUUAACGGUGUAGAACGUUGUCAUUUCACGCAUCUUUUCACUCUGAACAGCUUGAGCUUCACCAUAUUAUACUAUGUGCAACAUUUUGAUCGUCUAGUACGAGUUAUUUAACUUGAAGAUGCAGUGGUGGUUACGAAUUUAGAAGUCCGAUGAAGUGCGUUCUCCGGCUGCACACCUCUUGACACCCAACC